AUGCUCAGACGCUGGUGGUGGAUGUCGGGGUCGUCCGAGCCCUACGACCCGUACAUCCCCGCUGGGUCCAGCGGCGCUGGCCCUUCCUCUGGCGGCGGCCACCCCCAGAACCAGAAGAUCGCGGACAUCCAAGCGCAGAUCGACUCGACCGUCGACAUCAUGCACCAGAACAUCACCAAGGUCGCCGAGCGUGGCGAGCGCCUGGAUACCCUCCAGGACAAGACAGACAAUCUCGCCGUCUCCGCUCAGGGGUUCCGGCGCGGUGCCAGUCGCGUGAGGAAGCAGAUGUGGUGGAAGGACAUGAAGAUGCGUGUCAUCAUUGCCAUCGGCAUCUGUGUCCUCAUUGUCAUUAUCGUUGUCCCUAUCGUCAAGGCGUAA